CAUUGCUGGCAGCUACAGGUACGCGUACACAAGCCCGGGACCACAACACACUGAGAUCAUCAGCAGAAGACCCCGUCUAAUCACCUUCAAACUCUCCAUCCCGCUGCGUGGAAGUGAUACUGUAGUAUUGGACUAUGAUGAAUCAUUUUUGGUAGAAGCCGAAGCUGUUCAGUCAAGUCUAGUCCAACCACAUGCUAUUUGUCUUCAUCUGUAAAGGUCCAGCUAUGCUGAUCCGAUUGGAGACAUCGACGUUCCUGCUCCUCUUGAUAGCUGCUCCAGUCCGCCUCCAGGAUGAAUGUGUGGGGAAUUCAUGUUAUCCUAACCUCGGUGACCUCAUGGUGGGCCGCGCCGCCCAGCUCAAGGCUUCUUCAACCUGUGGACUCUACAGACCACAAAACUAUUGCAUCCUGGGAUACCUAGAGAAUCAGCGCAAGUGCUUCAUCUGUGACUCCAGGAGCCCCUACAAUCUCCACCACAAUCCCAACAGCCACCGCGUAGAGAACAUCAUCACCACCUUCCAACCUGAACGCAAGAUGAGCUGGUGGCAGUCCGAGAAUGGUGUGCAUGAAGUCAGCAUUCAGUUGGAUCUGGAAUCAAUGUUUCAGUUUAGUCAUCUGAUAUUGACGUUCAAGAGUUUUCGGCCUGCUGCCAUGUUGGUCGAGAGGUCGAAAGACUUCGGGAGAACCUGGAAGGCUUUCCGUUACUUUGCGGAGGACUGUGCCAACUCUUUCCCCGGUGUCUCUGAGGGGCUAGCAGACAGUAUUGAUGACCUUAUCUGUGAUAGUCGCUACUCUGGGGCAGAGCCGUCCACCGAUGGAGAGGUGGUGUUGAAAGCCUUGGAUCCCAGUUUUGACAUCCAUGAUCCUUACGACCCUACUAUACAAGAGCUGAUCACCCUGACGAACCUGCGAGUAAACUUUACCCGUUUGAUCACCCUGGGCGACACGUUGCUCACGCGACGGAGGAAGAACCCACAGGAUAAGUACUAUUAUGCCCUCUAUGAGAUGGUGGUUCGGGGGAGCUGCUUCUGCAAUGGCCACGCCAGUCAGUGUAUUCCCGUGGAUGGCACACGUGGAGAUACCUUUAGUGAGCCUGGCAUGGUACAUGCUAAAUGUGUUUGCCAACACAACACUGCAGGGAUCAACUGUGAGUGCUGUCAAGACUUCUACCAUGACGCCCCCUGGAGGCCAGGUGGAAAAACAGACUCGGAUGUUUGCAGAAGGUGUAACUGCCAUGGUCGUUCAGAGAAGUGUCACUUUGACUUAGCACGCUAUCUGGCCACUGGUGGGGUUAGUGGUGGUGUGUGUGAUGACUGCAGGAACAACCGUGCUGGACCCCAGUGUGAUCUGUGUGGGCCAUAUUACUACCAGGACCCUCAACGCUCUAUGGACGACCCCAAUGCCUGUAUACCUUGUGAAUGUAAUCCUGAUGGCUCAGUGGACCGUGGUCUGUGUGAUCUAGUGACUGGCCAGUGUGUGUGUAAACAGAAUGUUGAAGGAGAGCGCUGUGACCGCUGCAAGUUUGGGUUCUAUGGGUUCAGCUGGGACGACCCUAAUGGCUGUCAGUUGUGUAGGUGUAAUUUCAUGGGAAUUAUACGCACUGGCAACCCUUGUGAUCAAACAACUGGAACAUGCAUCUGCAAGCCAUUUGCUUUCGGCCCACAGUGCGACCAGUGUCUGCCAGGUUACUGGGGUCUGGGAAACACAGUCUAUGGCUGCUUACCCUGCGACUGUGACAUUGGAGGGGCAUUGAGAACCGAAUGUUCCUCAGUGGAUGGCCAGUGUGAAUGCAGGCCUAACAUGGUAGGCCCCAAAUGCAGUGAGCCGGUCCUUGGAUAUUUCCUGGCCCCGCUUGAUUUCUAUAUCUAUGAGGCUGAACACGCAGCACCUCGGAUGGCAAUUUCUCCAUUUAUACAAGCCCCUCCAUUAGUCUACCCCCUGGAACAGAUACCUGUACGACCAACCAAGCUCCCUCUCUGCCCCUCUGCCCCAAAACCCUCCCCAACACCUUAUAAAGAACCUGAACCCCCAACGGUGAAGCCGUCUCCGACCCCAUUCAAUCCCCAUGUCACACUACCCAUCUGUGAGCACUACUAUAGACAGAGAGGUUAUGACUUCAAGAUCAGUAAUGGCAGGGUUGUGGUGGUCAAGCGUGAGAAGCGGCGAACUCGAAGACGAAGACUAGGCCAGAGGACAAUCCCCUUUGAACCAGGCUCACCUCUUCAGGUCAUCCUGCAACAGCGCACCCCAGAUCAACCCAUCACUUGGACUGGACUGGGUUUUGUGCGAGUUCAGGAUGGGGCUGGACUUAGAUUUAAUGUCAGCAAUAUACCAGCUACUCUUGACUACUAUGUAGUUGUCCGCUAUGAACCAGAGUCCACCGAUGAUUGGACAGCUUUUGUGAACGUUGUAUCUUUUGGAUCAGGGGAUAGACGUUGUCUGAAUGACCCGUUUGAUAAAAUGUUUACUCUUCCAGCCUCUGGAAGGACAGCCACACUGGAUCUUCCAAUAUGCCUCAGUGAUGGUAAUAAAUACCAUGUGGACAUUACUUUUAGAAAGAAGCCCAGUGCCGACCCUCAGAUCAGCUCAUACAUCCUGAUCGACUCUAUGGGCCUCAUUCCCAAAGUGGACUCACUCCCAAACUUCUGCACACAGUCAUAUCUAGCUCAGUUUCAGCAAUACCGUUGUAUUGAUUUGGGCGCACAGGCAGGACAGCACACCCUUCCUGAAGUAUGUGAGAAACUUAUUGGAAGUAUGUCAGCUUUCAUUCACAAUGGUGCAGUGUCUUGCAACUGUCAUCAUGUUGGAGCGUAUGGCUCAUCUUGCAGUAAAUUUGGUGGACAGUGUCAAUGCAAACCCCACGUUAUUGGUCGGUGCUGUGAUUCCUGUACUCCUCUGACAUAUGGGCUUGGGCCAGGUGGAUGCUCACCAUGUGACUGUGAUCCGUCUGGCUCUACCGCUGAGCUUUGUGACCAGACAACUGGUCAAUGCUCAUGUCGAGAAGGAGUAACUGCUCGUCGAUGUGAUAAAUGUUACCCUGGUUACUACGGUUUUCCCCUGUGCAGACGUUGCCAAUGCAACGGGUUGGCUGACAUCUGUGACCUGGUCACUGGAGACUGUCUGGACUGCAGGGAACACUCCGCUGGACCCCACUGUGAAAGGUGUAAGGAUGGUUAUGUUGGUGGCCCUGUUUCUGGGAAGCCAUGUGAGCCAUGCUUAUGUCCAGAUGUGAACGGAAGUGGGCGCUUCUUUGCCAUUUCCUGUAAUAAAGAUCCAUACUCUGGAGCUCCAUACUGUGAAUGUCUGCCUGGACAUACAGGCCUAAACUGUGACUCCUGCUCUCCUGGUUACUACGGUGAUCUGAGGUUGCCAGGCGGCCGAUGUGAGGAGUGUUGUUGCAACAAUAACAUUGAUCCUCGUGACGGUGAAGCAUGCGAUGCUGUAACUGGCGAAUGUUUGCGGUGCUUACAUAACACAGAGGGGCCACGCUGUCAGAGCUGCAAACGUGGAUACUAUGGCAAUGCACUCACUCAAGACUGCAAAGAGUGUUCUUGUGACCGGAGGGGCACAGAUGACACAAAGUGUCCAGCUGGAAGCCCCUGUUUAUGUGACCAGGAAACUGGCCAGUGCCCAUGUCGCACAGGUGUCAAGGGAACCCUAUGUAAUGAGUGUGAGGAUGGAUACUGGAACCUGGAUGGGGAGUCUGGGUGCCAGCCAUGUAAUUGUGAUCCAGAACAUGCUCUCAACUACAUCUGUGUCAAGAUCACAGGCCAGUGUUUCUGCCAGCCAGAGUAUGGAGGCAGAAAAUGUGAUGAGUGUGGGCCGAAUCACUUUGGAAACCCAGAUAUACAGUGCAUGUCUUGUGACUGUAACAUGGAGGGGACCAUUUAUCCAGCUUGUGACCCUUACACGGGUGAGUGUUUGUGUAAGCCAGGGGUGACUGGCCUUUUCUGUGAUGACUGCGCCCCAGGCCAUGACACAAACUUUCCUGCCUGUGAACCCUGCCAUGACUGCUACCACCUCUGGGAGAAAAUUGUCUCAGAUGUUAGACUAGAUAUUGAGAGGAUAGAAACUAAAAGGCCAUGUCCUGAAGACGAUCGGCCUAUAUCUGAACUACAAAACUUAAGGAAUUUGUUGGAGAAGCUGCAGAGUUGGGCUAACAUGACUGCCAAGGAUGAGCUAAACAAACUAGAGGAGCUCUUGGCACGCAUUAGGAACGAAACAGAGACCAUUGACCCAAACAUAAUCAUUAUUGAUCCAACCAUACUGCUCAACACUGACAUCGACAAUAUCCGACUUGAGUUCAACAGACUCUUGAAGAAUCUCGGGGAGAAGACAAAAGAGAUUCCAGCGACAGAUGUAAAAGCUAUUAAUGAUAUUUUAAAUAAGAUCAAAAAGCUCUAUGAAGAAUUCACUGACAGUGAGAAGAAAGUGGAAGCAGCUAAAAAGGCCCAAGAAGCCUCCAGGAAGACGAGAGAGAAUGUUACAUUGGAACUUUCAAAGUGUCGUAUAGGAGAAAUGGAAAAUCUGGAGAGGAAAGCGAAAGCUCUGAGUGUUGCCAGCCUCAACGAGGAGGUCUGUGGGGCUCCAGGCGAUGCAGAAUGUGAGAAGGCAAAAUGUGGUGCAGCUUCAUGUGGGAUAUGCGGGGGUCCUGCCUGUACAGGGAGUUUACCCAUCAGCCUCAAUGCCUCCAAACUGGCAGAGAUGACCGAGAAGAACAUUACCGAUCUGCGCAGUAAACUCAAGGAAGCUGAUGCUAAGGCACGUCAAAAACAUACCGCAGAUUUACAACGCCACAUACUGAGUAAAAUAAAAUGCACAUGGUAAAAUGUAAAUUUAGUUGAGUAUUGUACCUUAACAGACGAGCUGGUGAAGCCAGAGGACAUUGAGAAACUGGCCAAUGCUGUGCUGUCCAUUCAGCUGCCCAAAUCCCCUGAUGAGAUCAAGGACAUGAUAGAGGACAUCAAGAGGAUCCUGGCAAACGUCACAGACUUCGACGAUGAUCUAGAGCACUUGGAAAAACAAGCCAGAAUUGCUGAAGACAUGAAGGAGAGGGCCCAAGAAAUCUUGAACAGAACCAAGGCUAUCAAUGUGAGGGAGAUAGAGAAAGCACUCAAUGAUACAGCAAAGCUCAAUGACAAGAUAGUCUAUGAUCUGGAAGAGGCUGAAGAAAACAAUGACAUUAUCAGGGGGAGAGUUAAUGAGACUGAACCUAAACUCAAAAAUAUUGAGGAUAAUUUGGAUUCGACUCGUGCCAAAAAGUUACUGGAUGAAAUCAAGGCCUUGAAGGAUAAGACGGAGAUGAACAGAGCUCAGGGGAAGGAGGCCAAAGAUGCUGCCAAUGCAGUGCUUGAGAGUGCCAAAAACAUCGAAAAGGAUCUUGAGGAACUGAAAGAGCAGUUUGAAAAGUUAAAAUUGAAUAGCACAACCCAGAAUGUUAAUGAAGAGGCUAACGAACGUCUGAAGAACAUCACAAUAGAGGCAGAAACACUGGCUAAAAAUGUGGAAGAUAAAAUGAAGGAAAUUGAAGAAUUGGAGAAAAGGAUUCUGGUUGCAGCUGAAAGAAAAGAGGAAAGGAUAAAAGAUUUGGAGGCACUGCAGAAGGAGGCAGAUGACUUGAGGAACUUUAUUGUUGACAAAGUGGAUAAAUACAAUCUGUGCUCCACUUAAGCCUGCUAGGGCUUCUCUUCCUCAAAUUUAGAGGAAGCAUUUCCAGUGUUUGCCAUGGGAAAAUUCUGAAGGCAACGCAGGGCAAAACGGUCUUGGACUGUUUACAAUCUAGAGCUAUGUACUGGUUCUCAUCAAGCCCUAGAAAUACUUAAUGACCAUAUUCUGGUUCUGUUCAGUUUUUUUUAUUUGUUUUGUAUUUAUAGUAUAUUUUUAGCAAAUGAUGGGCCAAGUUUGAGAAUCUUAUAUAGGUAAUGUAUAACCCUGACUGUCCACAAGAGGUCGCAAGAGUAAAAUUUAAAUGUCGCCUAUCACACAAACUAUGCAGCGUUGUUUCCGUUGCUUGAAUCUAGAGUACCACAGCAAACCCAAUCAUAUUUUACUCAAGUUAUUUGCUUGAUGAAUUGAAAAAGAUGAGAUAAAAAGAAUGUGUGCUGCAAACCAAUGAUAACAAAAUUUCUUUUUAUUGAGUUGUUCUCUUAUAAGCCACGUUUUCAAAUGAAUCAUUCAAAAAGACUUUGAUGAGUUUCGUUUGAAUCAGACUGACGUAAAUCAGAGAUGCAACUUCAAUUAAUUUAUUCAAUUCUGUUUAGCUCAUUCCAAAUUGGCUUAUGUCUGAGCUAUUUAGGCAUAUUCCUCUAAGUCUCCUCCAAAAGUAUUUUCAUUGUUUUUGGUUCAUGGAUAAGUAAUUCAAACCUCUUGAUUAAAAACCUACUUCAGCAUUACUUCCAGAAUUGAGCUCAACAGCUGCUCCAUGUGCAUUAAGAUAAGACAGUCAGGUUUAGACGCCUGCUGCUUGUGGAAUGUGCUUGUUUGUCUCUCGCAGGAGGUGGAGGGUCUGUGCUUUUGUCCUACGGUGUUAACAGCCUCUCCGUUGACUAUUCAAUUGCAAAACCAAAGGUAAAGCCCCACUGAUGUUAUUUCUUUGGUCUGUCUGAGUGGAUCUUCUCACCUUUUUAACUACUUUAUUGUUGUUCAGACACACUUUGUUUUGUCAGAGUUAAUUUCAUCUUCAUUGGGUGAAGAUAAAGGGAAAAAGUCAUGAAACAGAUGAUGUUUAAAAUGUUUUAAAACAAUUCUACCUGAUUGUUAAAAAUGACUUUUUAAAGUAACCUAAUGUAGUUGAUUGAAUCAGCCAUAUUAAGUAGUAUUUUUGACUUGAAUAAAAAAGGUAAUUUAGGUGUUACAACUCGAAGUUACUUGACUGAACUUGUUUUUGUGGUCAGUCUGCUGAAUGAGUAAACUGUGUCUUUCAGGUUUCAGAAGGAUCUGCAGAUAUUAGUUGUGUCACCUCACCUAAUCUCUUCCUGAAGUUUACAAAGCGAAAACAAAGAAAAACUCUACACAAGCUGGUUAAAGGUGACAGGAUGUAGGAUGGAAACAAUUUAGGUUUCACUUUUUACAAUGUAUGCUUUGUAGGACUUGCCUAACUUAAUAUCUAAAUAUCUGACCACUUUAUUGCCUUAAUAUACUGAUAAUUCAAAUCUCCGGUUUAAUUCCUAAUGUCUAAACUGACUGAAGUCUGUGUUUCUCUUCUUGGUCAUUAUUACACUAAUUUAUCUCAGUCAAGACAACCACCAAAUCCACAUCAGUUCGACAUGAACCUCCUGCUCUUUGACUGACCUUUAAAAACUGUCUAAUUACUGAGGCAACCUAAAGCCAUUUCACUGAUCACAGGUCAGUUCAUUUUAGUGUAUCAUUGGAAGUAAGAAUAGCUGUUAAUAAAA